CCUAACAAAUUAGCUCUGCUCAUCAGCUCAUCAUCAGCCUCCUGUCAAAGCAAUAAUGGCCUCGCAAAGAAGUGCUGGCCUGUUAUUAGCCUCACUAGCCUUUGCCAUUUGCAUGUUGAUCCCCUGCUGCUGCUCCAGUAAAGAAGCCAUGGAAUUGUUCGAGAGAGCGUGCCAUUGCUUCGAUGACCCCAAUAUCUACGGGCAGUGCGCGGCGGAGCUGCGGCUGAACGCGGAGGGCGCGUUCCACGUGCAGAGGAACGAGGUCGACGAGUACUGCGGCGGGCCCUGCAUGGAGGAGACGAAGCUGGCGCUGCAGUGCGUGGAGGAGGUGGCCGCCCAGAGCUUCAGGUUCUCCAACGGCGCGUCGGUGCUGGCGGUGAGGCAGGCGCUGGGCACCGGAUGCGGCUACGGCCCCGACAGAGGAACCUUCGAGAUCCGCGAGCGCAAAGACUGCGUCGGCGGCGGCGGCGGCGGCGCCGACGAGUACUACUACCACAAGCCCCGCGACCACGCGCAGCAGAAGCCGGCCGCCGGCAGGUUCUACGGCGAGGAGGGCCAGCAGCCGUACGAGCAGGGCGCCGGCUACGGCGAGGGCGAGGAGCACUGCUACGGCUACGGGGACGCGGGCAGGCUGGCAGAGCACCGCGGGUUCCUGCGGACGACGGUGCCGGUGCUCGUCGCCUCUGCGGCGCUGCUCCUCAAACUCUAGUUCCAGUCUGUACUGCCAGGGAGUUAGAUCGUGUUUGUAUGAUGCUUUGUUCUUCUUUCUCGUUCGUUUUUUUUUGUUUACUUGUCUUUUUGCACGUCAAUAUAAUACGAUCUGUAGCACACGUCUUCUAUUUACAGGUUAUCUAAUAUAUGAUACUAUACUAUA